GCGACCCUCUUCUGUCCCAGGCCAGGGCCGACGGCGCCCGUAGGGCUUGGCUGAGUUGCUUGGAGCUCUGCAAAGUUGCUGCCUAUUGAAGGAGAUGCUGCUGCUAACUCCAGCUCUCCUCCCUCACCCUCUCUCAGUGCCCAACUUCUAUCCCUCAGUGUGAAAGUAACUUAAAAACCCGGGAAGAGGGCGGAUCUUCGAAUUCCACCCAUUAAUAGAAGUGCAGCCUUUGCAUAAAGUACUGUAAUGUAAUCUAAUAUGCCAGACGAUGUGCUGAAGAAGCCAAGAUUGAGUGAGGGCACUGUUCGAGUUUGGAUGUAAAGCUUUAAAAAGUGUGUGGAAAAUAUCUUCUUCAGAGUCACAAACAGCACGGGAGUGUGGUGAUGAGAGAUGAAAUUGGAUUAAUUCCCUGUCCUGAAGCCAGAUAUAACCGAAGCCCUAUUGUCCUGGUAGAAAACAAACUUGGAGUAGAAAGCUGGUGUGUCAAAUUUCUUUUGCCAUAUGUGCAUAACAAGCUCCUCCACUAUAGACAGAGAAAGCAAUGGCUCAACAAAGAAGAAUUGAUAGAUAUCACUUGUACUUUGCUGCUACUAAACCCAGACUUCACAACUGCAUGGAAUGUAAGGAAAGAAUUAAUAUUAUCUGGCACUUUAAAUCCCAUUAAAGAUUUGCAUCUUGGAAAGCUGGCACUUACUAAGUUUCCGAAGAGUCCAGAAACAUGGAUUCACAGACGAUGGGUGCUGCAACAACUAAUUCAGGAAAACUCCUUGCCCACUCUUGUGACUAAAGGGAAUUUGGAAACAGUACCCACGGAAAGAAUAUGGCGAUUAGUAAAAGAAGAAAUGGGUGUCUGUUGUGAAGCUGCUGGGCGAUAUCCAAGCAAUUAUAAUGCCUGGUCCCAUCGUAUCUGGGUUUUACAGCACUUGGCAAAGCUCAGUACAAAGAUUCUUCUUGAUGAACUUUCUUCCACCAAACACUGGGUUUCCAUGCAUGUUUCUGACCAUAGUGGAUUCCACUACCGCCAGUUUUUAUUAAAGUCCUUGAUUGGCAGAACUGUGAAUGACUGUAAUGUACAGAUGCAUAAUCAGCUGGUUAAUCAACAAGUACCCAGUCUUCCAAAAGAUGAAGAAAAUGAUGAAGUAGAAGCUGCCUGUGUGGAAGAACAAAGACCAGAUCAUCCUCUUCUUCUAAAGGAAGAAGUGGAGCUUUGCACCAAUUUAAUUAAUACUUAUCCAGGGCAUGAAUCCCUGUGGUGUCACAGACGGCAUGUGUUCUACCUUCAGCACCACUUAAAGAACAAACUUCCACUUCCAAGCAUCUGGUCAACAGCGGCAGAAAACAGUGAUGGGACUUUGAAUGACUCUCUUCCUGGUGUUGUGUUUGGCCAUGUCACCCAAGCCAUGGAUGUUGAUGGCUUGAUUGAAUCCAGCAAACAAGGCUACACUCAAGAAACAAAACGCCUGAAACGUGCACCUGUGCAGGACUCUGUUGGUCUGGAAGUGGAAUACAGGUUCAUCGAUCACGUUUUAUCAACAUGCAGGGAUGUAGAGCAGGCAAGGUUUGCUGGUGCAUACAGAAAAUGGCUGGUUUCUUUUCUAGGUCAGUGAAGGAGGAGAUUUUAAAAAAAAAAACCUGCAGGGUCUCUUGUUUAGUGCAAUAUUCUUUUCAAACACAGGUGCACAUAGUGGCACCUGGCACUUUUCACCCUUCUUUGUCAGUGCUGAUCUGCAUCUGCCAAUUAUGGCUUUAGUUUAAUUUAUAUUUUUGAAAGCACCCUGGUGUUGAUCAUUUAAAGGUUUUCUGCAUUUAUGUUUUUGUGUAGGAUAGCACGUGUCAUCCUAAUGCAGACUUUUUGAUUCUAGUAUAAAGGGUUUUAAAAAUCUAUCCCCCCCCCCGCCCACUUAAAUUAAGAUGAAUAGAAGUUUUAAGUAGCUAACACAAAUAGUGUGCCAGGAAAACAGAUAGCUGGGUAUAUUGAUUGAAAAUGAACAUACCUUUUUAAUUUCCUUUCCUAAUCAGAAGCAUUUGCCAUUGAAGACAAUAGAUAAUCAUCUAGAAUAAUCUAGAACAUCAGUGCACACUGUUUUUUGGCCAGAUUGGUUUUGAGUAAGAGACUUUUCAUUGUAUUGCAUUGCUUUCAUUGCACCUCGGCUCUUCCAUAAAUGUUCAGGCUGCAGUUAACCUGUUUCCAGUUCACAUUUGAAUUGCUUUGAAGACCUCACAGUACUAUGAUUUAUACUUUCAUUUAGUGCGCACGCACGCACACACCAGAUCUGUGAUUAUGUACAGUUCUUCAUUCCUGUCCUAUUUUUAUUUAUUUUCAUUUGCUAAAACUAGUGUUGAUGUAUCUUUCCAACUGUAUUGUGAACACUACAAAACUGUGUGCAGCCUCAUAAAUAUGACAUGCCAUAGAUAAACCACUACAGAUAUUUAGGAUGAAAACAAUUGAGGUGACUGCUGGCUGUUUUUGUGUUUAUUCAAACAACAACAACUAAGUCUUUCCCCUGUGAACAUGGUGGUUUUUCUCAUUGAGGAGGGCUGUUCUGUUUCACAUCCUCCUAGUGGCCUUUUGCUGUUUAUACAUCCAUAACGUGUUAAGUGGGUGGAGAGGCAAUUAAUUUCUUGUAAUCAAACUUUUAUUCUUUAUUGCUUUGCUAACAGCACAAUGAAAUAUGGUUGACGUGUGCUGGUAUUUCUUAAGUGCUGACCUACAUUUCAGAUUUCUAAACUGUUUAGUAAAACCAUGCAAAAUGCAUGAGGGCAGCCCACUUGACACACUCAAUACAGAUAAUCUGAAGCUACAUGUAUACUAAAGCACACACAAAGCUCACUUAGGUUGGUACUUAGUCCUAACAGUUGCUUUGUAUGCUCAGUGAACAUGUGUGCCUGGUGCUGUUUUGCACAUUACAGUUAGUAGGGAAUUGCCUCAUUGGAAAUUGUGUGUGAGAAGCCCCUGGAUUGAACUAAUAACAUAGGAUAGUACUAAUGACUGUAGAGGCAUGUGUGUGUCUGUGCAUGUGCUCUCCAGUGCCACAAAGCAAAUACAGCUUGUCUGGAAAUAAUUUUCCACUUCAGAUUUUCACCCAGUGUACCAACAAAUUAGGGCCGGGUAUUAGUGAAACAUUUCCAGUCACAAUCUUUGUGCCUGUUUUCCUUUCACAAACAGGGAAAAUGUGUGCGGUUGCUUUUCUAGGCAGUAAAGUAGUCUGAGCAGAAAAAUAUGGACAUUAUCCAAAGACUGACUCCAUCAUCCAUCAGGUCAGUAGAGCAGGACUCUACAGCUUCGGCCUUCCUGCAGAUGUUGGACUACAAUUCCCUGACCAUUGGCUACUGUGGCUGGAAAUUAUGGAAGUUGUAGUCCAAAAACAACUGGAGGGCCACAGUUGUGCAGCCUUGGUGUAGUGCCGUGGUUAGUUUAAAUCCUGUGCAAGUAUUGCAACUAAUUAAUUUGCCAAAAGAUAAAUAAUGAUGCUUAAGUGAUCUCUCCAGCUUUCACAAAGUCUGAAGCUGAUUGGAAGAGAAAGAAAUUCAAUAUGUCCCCGUAGGAAUAGGUCAGUAUUUAUUUAAUACCAUCUCUGUCUAAGCUUCUUUAAGCAGGUAUAGAUCUCUUGUUGUAGCUGCUCUAUUAUCAGAAAGAUGAAGCUUCUCACAUUUGGACUUUUAAUGCACACUGUAACAUUACCAGAAACACAGAGUAACUUAGGCAGCAUUGUUCUUCAUAUAAUUACAUUUUAUUUUUAUGAUGUCUUCAGUUAGAGAACAGUCCUCUAAGCAGUGGGAGUGAGUGCAUCCGUUCACUUCAGUGGAAUCAUCCCCUGCAAGCCUCACUUAAAUCAGUGGAGGGUGUGCAACACCAGCACAUAGUGGAUUUACACCAUUUGCCUCUUUCAGUUUUGCCAUUCCUCAAUUUUAUCCAAAUAAAUGUGCAAGGGAGAGGAGAAGAUAUGUGAAGUGGGACUGCAAUAAAGGAGGUUGUUCAUGAUGGGCAGAUAAUUCCCUCUUUGGUUGAGCUGGAUUGAUUUUAUGAAAGCUUUCAAAGAUAAUAGUGAAACGUGACUUGAAAUCUAUUUUUGCUUUCCACUUGAUUUUUAAACUGAAGUCCCAGCUAGAUUCCCUGGAGCUAUAUAUAAAUAGAGAUAACUCUACUUAUUAAAUUUGGCAGCCCUUCCAUUAUCAUAGAUGUAAGGUCAAACUCUGCCCUCAAAUGUGCAUUUUACCUCACAGUGAUAGAUGUAGGAAUUGUGUGCACAGACCAAAAUCCAGGUCUGCAGUCUUCCAAGUCCUCCAGCUUCAAAGGGUAAUGUAGCGCCAGAUUUUAAACUUGCCUGAGUAGCAGACAGAAUAAAUGUGAGAUUAUUAAUGGGUGUUUAAGAGACCUAACCCGGAUGGCUGGGGAAGGAUACCUUUUUAAGAUUCAUAGGAAUAUUCUAACAAUUGUUUAAUAAUUUCAGUGGAGACUGAAAGGCAAAUAAGAAUAUCUCUUCCACUGAAGAUAACAUUUCAGGCAAAGUAAAAACUAAGUAAAUGGACAUGGUUCAUGGGGUGGGGUCAUGUCUCCCUUUAAAACCUAAAGAGUUGUUUAGAUUCACACACAAAGCAAAUAUUUUUAAUAUUUUCCUCCCUGCUGGUAUCCUUUGAAUGGCCUGUGGGAAAGUCUUCUGAGAUCAUUCCUUAGAGACCGAUAACAACUGAGAAUCCCUGCAAGUGUGAUCACUUACUUUUAAUUUGAUUGGUUUUUUUUAAGCCUUAGACUGGGAAAAGGCUAUUAAUGCAGCAGACGGAUUUUAUUUAGCUGUGCCAUGGGGCAUUGGUGAUUACCAUACAUUAAAAGUCACCUAGCACAGCUCUGCAGAGCUAAAUAAUGCUAGAUUGAGCAUUUAGCAUGUCAGAGGUCAAGAUAUUCAAACUUAAUAAUUGAACCAGGGUGCUCCUGGGGAAACACCUGGCUUCAUCCAUUCAGGACCAAGCACUUAUUCAUUCUUGCAGUAUUUUGGGUGAGUUAAUACAGAUAAUGUCAUCAAAGUAUAUUGGGCAAUAUUUUUGCAUGUUUAAGGAUUUAGGAAGUAUUAGAUCGUCUCUCCUCUUGCACCACCACAUUGUUUGGUAUGUGAACAACUGCCUUUGUUCGGUUUUUCUUCAUACACUUGAUCAGAUCUUGCUGUGACAACUUUCUGGUGAAAAUGAAUUGUAAGUAUUAGUGGACGUUACAUGACACUUCAGAAAUUAGAAUCCCAUUUAACAGUAUUAAACAAUGAGGUCAACACAAGCAAACAACUGUUAAAUAAUGCAUAAUGAUAUCUGCAGUAAUGUGCACACUGACUAGUGCUGAAUCAGCAAUUGACUCUUCAGCUCAUAUAGGCUGUUUACUGGGACAAAAUAGACAGUAUGUAAAGCGACUUAGUUGUGAAAUGGCUGAAUCUGCGCUAGCUUUUCACAUCAGUUUUAACAGAAUAUUUAGCACUGAUAUUUUUCCCACCAUAGGAACAUUUGAGCUAUGGUAAAUACGUUGAAACAUAUUUUGCUUGGUUUUGUAAUUCUGUAUCUUAAAUCAAUGGAAAAUGCCUGUGUGAAUACUACUUCCUCGUCUUCAUGGAGAGAAACAUGGGUCCAGAGGCUUGGUCACCCCUCUGAUGAGCUUUCUUGACAAGAGUUAAGAACACCCCUCCCAUUCCUCCUUUUUGCAUGAUGUAAAUUUGAGGAAGCAGAUAGCAGAAGGAUCAGGAUAGUUAUCUCUGACUUUGUAGAUAAUACAGUGGUGAUGUAAUGAACCUGGGUUUACCAUGGUAUGUGUAAUUGCAGCCAACACCACUGGAAGCCAUUUAUUCAUGUUGUUCUGUAAUGUGCUAAUCUACAUUCUUCUGCUUAUUACAUCGUUUGGCAGAGUUACAGUUUUUUGUUUUAAUAUUCAAGAAUCAAGUAACACUUUUAUAAUCCACACAUAAUUUAUUAUUAGUUACUUAGUUUUAUGUAGCAGACUGGUGUAAAAGAAGAAAUCACAUUAAUAUUGUGACGCUGUUAGUUUCACCCUUAUACGUGAAAUCCACUUCACACUUUGCAUCUCUCUCUCCUUGUGAUAAUGAUGUCAGAUAAUAAGAAUAUGAACUGUAUAAUAGAAUUACCUUUCCUUGGCCUACCUCCUUGAAAUAAUGCAAUUUGUAACAGUUCCAAGUAAGUACUGUUGGCUUUUUCCUAUAAACACAAAUCCUGUAAACAGUUUUUGAUGGUCCUCUGUGGUUUCCAUCAAAAGUGAUGACAAUUUUGGACAAAAGAAAAAGAGUUUUUGUUCCCAUUCCAAACCAAAAUGCAGAACAGAGAAUUGAACCUGAAAACCAGAAAGAUUAAAAGUUGGAAAGUUUUUAGUUUCUUCUACUGUAAUGCUGAAAAUUUGACUGUCAGAUUAUAUGUGCUCGAGACAUCUCAAGAUCAACUUAGUGAAAGAUGAAUGUGACUUUUAAAAGCACUUAGACACAUUCUCUUUCACUGACAGCACUUCUGUGGAAAUUAAGAUACUUUUGAUAUUAAAGAAAAGGGAGAGGAAUUCACUACUGAGAAGUGUUUUAAAUACACACAUUUUUAGGUGGAAGACAAAGCUACUGUGUGUUGGACGCAUCUUUCCCUCCUUUCUCAUUGGAUUUAAUGUGUGAUGUUCUAAAGAGAUAUCUGAUGAAGAAUGUAUUGUGACAGUGGGAGAAGUGGGCUUUUUCAAAACACUUUGACUACCUCCCCAAAACUGAGAUAAGGUCAUGUCUUCAGUUGAGCAUGCUUUUAUCAACAACCUCAAACUUGGUGUUUGAAAAGCAAAAACUGUAUCAAUUAAUCUAGACUGACUUUAUUUCAAGAGGAAAUUCAAAAAAUCUGAAGGAAAUUAAAGCUUCCAAUAGUUAAGUCCAGAUUCCAGUGCCUGGAUUCCAUCCUGCCAUUUCUGCAAACAAAGCACUGCACUAUUGUCAAAUGAAGGAAAUAAGCAUCCGUCAGCUUAUGCUUUCCAUAUCUAUAUCAAGGUCAGUGGUAUCUUGACUCUUCCUUGUGACUUCUAAUUUGUAGUGCUACUUUACUCAGGGCAUAGAAUAUCUAGUGAGUUAGUACUUUUUUACCCUUAUAGUGAAUGAUGUGUAAAUAUUUAAAUGCCUAACAAUGGUCUCUUAACACCGUUUAGCCAUCUAACUAAUGCUGCAACUGGUUAACAGCUUUUAAAAAUCUGUCUUUUGCUCUUGUUCUGCACACAGGUGCAAACACACACAAAAUUUAUUUUGUAUCAUAAAUCAAAGUAGUUCUCUGCUAAGUAACUGUGGGCCUAAUCCUGUAGAUUGCGAAACACUUGCCUCAUUACACCUGAAUGUUCCUGAAAGGGGGACUUGGGAUCAUGUCCCACGUGCUGGCAUGAAUUACUGAUGUCUUCUGCUGUUCUAGUUAUUAUAUCAAAUUGCAACAGGACUUGAGACACAAAGACCACAUAUAGAUCCAGUUUUAUGGGGCAAAAUAUUAUAUUAUCUCCUAGAGCAGGCAGGAUGUAUUUAUCUCCCAGAGCAGACUGGAUGCAGCCAGUACUUUUUGUUUACAUGGAGUGUGAUCUAGCCAGAGUUAAGCACUGUGUGGCACAAAAUUCUGCAUGUAUACUCAGAUCUAAGUAAGUGUGCAUAGGAUUGUAGUUUAGAACCCAUUAAUGUCAGCACAUGCUUAGACAUUAAGACUUCAAAGGUGCUUAAGUUUGACUGAAUCAUAUCUUUAGUCAAGAGAACCAAUGGUGAGAUACUGUUAUGGAACAAGAAGAUUUUUAUAUGGAUUAUUAUGAAAAUGUUGAAAUGAGUAGAGGAUGCACAACAGCAGCAUUUGGGGGGAUUACAGACAUAACUUAUCUAACUAUGACCAAGUACCUGGUAUACACUUGAUAAAUAAUUCAUGGAUGGAUAUAUGCUCUGAAAAAAGCAUGGCUAUUUCCACUAUAUAAUAUUGUAAACUUAAUGCAAAUAGCAUAUGUGACACAAAAUGCCAGAAAAUUAAAUAUUUUCCCCUCAUUUCUGCAAAGGGCAAAUGAGAUUUUCCUACAUCUCAUUUAUAUUCAGCUUUGUUUUCCAUUUUUUCUUUUGAAAAAGCUCGUUUUCUAUCUGUUUUAUUACAACAUAAAUUUUCAGGCAGAUUGUUUACUGCUUACAAAUGCUAACUUCUUAGUAAUCCAGUGGGUGUAAUCGACCACUUCUCUGCUGCUUCACAACCUCCAUUAAUUUCAGUGCAAGAGUUUUUCAUCUAUCCAAGUAGCACUGGCAAGUAGAAUAAAACAAACCUUUGUCAACUUCAGUAUUGGUUAUGUAAACCUGUGAAUUUCACUAAAGUGGGAGUUUAUUUAAAUAAUGCAUUUUUCACACAGUGCAAAAUAAUGGUCAAAUAUUAUGCUACUGUUCUCUCAUUUAUUAUAGAAUAAAAUGGUAUGCACAGUAUCAAAAAUAAGUCCAAACAGAUAAAUUGCCACUGCCCCAUGAUUCAGAAGAUGCAAGGAAGGAAUUUGUCUUUCAGCAUUUGCAUUUUGUUGCAAUAUGCAGUGAAAAAUGGGAAAUGUGUGCAGCACAUUAAUAUAAAUAAUUUCAAUUUAGAUCAACGCAAAAAGUUGAUCAUCUGUACUUAUUUACUACUAAGCCAGUAAUGAAUAAACAAUUCAUAGUCCUUCCUUCCACUGUAGUAAAAUUCAAGAGUGACUGACAUCCUGAUGAAGUGAGGACAUGGUAGGAGGUUAUAUCCUUGCAGCCAGAGGGUUCCCUGUUUCCACAGUGCACACGGGGGUGGGGGACAAUUUUUACUGACCUUCCUUGCCUCUGAAGUGCUUUGUGCCUUCCAAAAAUAUGUCCCUGAGAGCUAUAUAAUCUUCAGGAACAUAUUUUUGGAAAGUACUGAACACUUCCAUACAGAAGCAGAGGUCAGCAAAAAUCGCUGCCACGUGUGCAGCCAGCGUGGUGUAGUGGUGAGAGUGCUGGAUUAGGACCAGAGAGACCAGAGUUCAAAUCCCCAUUCAGCCAUGAAACUAGCUGGGUGACUCUGGGCCAGUCACUUCUCUCUCAGCCUAACCUACUUCACAGGGUUGUUGUGAAAGAAACUCAAGUAUGUAGUACACCGCUCUGGGCUCCUUGGAGGAGGAGUGGGAUAUAAAUGUAAUAAUAAUAAUCACCAUCAGCCAAUUACAAAAAGCAGCUUUACUGGGAACAGCCUAUAUUCUGCAACGAUAUCUAUAACAACUGACAAUAAAAUUCUGGCAUCCCAGGUCCUUGGGAAGGACUCGAUGUCUGGAUAAAACAAACCAGUCAAUAACACCUGUCUGUGUAAACAAGAAAUAAUAAUAAUAAUAAUAAAUACAUGUGCAAUACAGUAGCAGGCAAGCCUUUGGUUGCAAUAAGAAAAGCCUCUCGCUGGGUCCUUGCUUGCUUCAUUAGGAUGUCAGCCACUGAAAUGAAAGGUAUAGUUGUAUUAAUGCAGGUUAAUAGGUUUAACCUUAGCUCAGAUCUCACUGAAGUCAGUUAUAUGCAGAUGGCAGUUAUUCCAUUCUAACAGGCUAUUGGGCAAAUGUAUAGGAGAAACACUGCUAUUCCAGAACAGUUAAGGUGCAUUCUUUUUUCAUAUGUCUAUUGUAAAACAAAAAUAAAAACUGUUGGUUGCUCCAUCCUCCUGCUGGAUGGAGCAAAGAACAUAUUAAGUGGCUAUAAAGCAAUUGCUUACAUGUUGUAGACUAUAGACUUCGUCUAGUCAGCUGGGGCUGCACAAUGAAGAAUGCCAUCAAAGGAAGUCAAAGGGUUCUGUGAAUGAAGUGCAGUGUGGGAGCUAGAUUGCUGAUCUAAACUUGGAUUUCCCAUAUCCAAAGUCCAAAACCCAACAAAUUAUCAGUAAGUUGUGCGCAUGGCCUUGGGCAAAUAAUUAGGUGUUGGCAUAAAGUAUCUCAGAAAUUUACCAUCCAAAAUUACUACCCUAAAUUACCACCCAAACAAAAUAUUCCAAAAUCAAGUGCUAACUUCGGUCCAGAAAAACGAAGAUGAAGCAUGUAAGAAAAGGCUGGUGGUAAUUGGAUUGGGACCAGUUAACAUGAUUGUUCUUUGCAUGUUCUGUGCAAUCUCCCCCCCCCCCUGUUUAAAACAACCCACGUUGUUUGGGCCAUUGGAGUUGUUAGCUGAGUGUAGAGAGUGCAGUUUUUGCAGGCCAGCAGUUGAGCCACUUUAGAGAGCUUGUAGAAUGCAAAAUUCCAAUUUCUGCUCUUGGCAAACCAAUCUUGAUAACCUGCUCACCAUGUGCAUGGUGCAGUUGAGGCAACAAAGAAAGCACUUGGUUAUGUGCACUGGCUCAUUUCUCUUUCUUCAGCAUUUUGCUUGCAGGUGAUGAUCUAUCUAUAUCAUUUUUACUUUUUGGAAAAAAAUCAAAUAAUUCAUGAUAGUUUGGGGAUUUUGGAGAUUAGAAAUUUAGGGCAAGAUUACAAGAUGCAAGUUGGUUGCAUUCAGUUCCUUGAUUCUGCCCCCAAUAUUUGGAGCUUUGGUCAUUAUUUGCUGGUGGAGAAGAUGAUUAGUGUAACUUUGUGAAAGUGCUUUGUGGAAGGGUCAUGUUAUUAUGACAAAAAUACAAUAGGAUUUCCACUGCCAUCCGUAUUCAAUAAAUGCAAUAGGAAGGAUUAGUCAAGUCAUGAUGUGCGAACAUUCUGCAGUUCAAGAGUACAAGUGUUUAUGCUACAGUAUUGCUUACCACAAGCUUCACAUGGACACAAGGGCUUCACAGCAAAUACAUGGACAAUAUGUGGUGGACUUUUUCACAGGUGUUGAAUUGCUUUGGUUUUGCCAUUUUCAAAAUCCAAGGUACAUAUUUUGGUGUAACAAAAACACUACAUACUUUUGUAUCUCUUAUAUUGUUACUUUGAUUUAGUUUUCAUGUAACUAUGUAAAGAACUUCUAUAACUGCCUCUCAGUGCAUAGUUUUUCCUGUUCACCCCCGUUUUAUCCCAACUGUUUUAUAGGCUUGGCAUCUUUAUAACACCCAAAUGGAUGCCAAGUCUUCUGGUUUUAUUACAUUCUGCUUUGAUCUGGAGGGAAGGCAGGAAACCAUCCUAUUUGAAAUGUUGACAUAACUGCCCUUUAUGUUAAAAGUGGGUGACAGCUGCUGAACAGUUUGCAGGACUACCCACAAAAUUAUACCUUAAUUUUUCUCAAAUAUUUUGUACUGCAUGUCAAUUAUAUUUUUUUAACCAUAUCCUAGUAGUAUAACACUAUAUUACAGACUGGUUCUGGAAUUGUCCAUCCUUAUACAGAUGUCUUCCAAAUUUAACAACUAAAACCUUAGUGGUGGAGACAGUGACAAUGAUCAGCAAAUUCAUUUUCCACUUAUUUAUAAGUACAUUGUUGGGGGUGAGUGUGUGUGUGUGUGUGUGUGUGUGUGUGUGUGUGUGUGUGUGUGUACACACAUGUUGUAGUGACAAUAUACUAAGCACAGUGAUAAGUUACUGUAUUUCUGUAUGCAAUGGGAAACGGUGUUUUGUUUUGUUUUUGUUAAAUGUUGGCCGUUUUAAAAUAAAAUUUCUUCUCCUAAAAUCUCA